CCGUUUCUAUUCUAUAAAUCAUCAGCGUUUCUUUUCCUUUUAUCCUCCUCUUCUUAGAAUCACUCAAGCAACCACACACACAAAAGUAGUAGAUCGCUCGCUCUGCAAAAUUCUUCCAAAUCAAUGGCAACCAAAGUCUAUAUUGUGUACUAUUCCAUGUACGGACAUGUAGAGAAACUGGCAGAAGAGAUUAAGAAAGGGGCUUCAUCCGUUGAAGGUGUUGAGGCCAAAUUAUGGCAGGUUUCUGAGACACUGCCAGAAGAGGUGCUAGGAAAGAUGAGUGCACCACCAAAGAGUGAUGUACCAAUCAUUACACCUAGUGAACUUGCAGAAGCUGAUGGCUUUGUGUUUGGAUUCCCAACAAGAUUUGGAAUGAUGGCCGCCCAAUUCAAAGCUUUUCUGGAUGCAACUGGAGGUCUAUGGAAAACACAGCAACUUGCUGGCAAGCCUGCAGGAAUCUUCUUUAGCACUGGAUCCCAAGGUGGUGGCCAAGAGACCACAGCGUUGACUGCUAUUACCCAACUCGUUCACCAUGGGAUGAUAUUCGUUCCCAUUGGCUACACAUUCGGCGCCGGCAUGUUUGAGAUGGAGAAGGUUAAAGGUGGAAGUCCUUAUGGCGCAGGAACUUUUGCUGGGGAUGGCUCAAGACAGCCAACCGAGCUUGAACUGGAGCAGGCUUUCCACCAGGGCAAGUACAUCGCUGCCAUCACAAAGAAGCUCAAGGGAGCUGCAUAAGUUUGCUCGAUUACAUGAAUACAGGCUGGUCUUCCAUUUUUUACUGUCAUAAAAUAUGCAUUUGCAAAGAAUAAUUCUUGAUCUGCUGGUUAUUAUAUGCUUAGUAUUAAUUGCCAGUGAUCACAAGGUUGAUUGUGCUUCCAUUUGUUCCAUUCCCCAAUGCAUUAUAAUUUGAUUUCUUCCGUCCUCUGUUUUCAGGAACUUUACUUUAAUCUACUCUCUUGUAUGUUGAAAAGCAAUAAGAUUUACAUAA